AUGGCGUACGCGAAGAAUAAAGCGGCGGUCGUCGUCCUCGGCGCCGCGGUGGUGGCCGCGUUCUUUCUCGCUGCUGCUGAGAGCCGCCGCAUUGCGCGGAAGGACCUGGGCGUCAACCUCGGCGGCGGCGGCGACGGCGGUGGCCUAGGGGUCGGCGUUGGCGGCGGCCUGGGUAUCGGCACAGGGAUCGGCAUCGGCAUUGGUGGCGGCGGCGGCUCUGUCUCCGGGUCAGGAUCUGGAUCAUACUCCGGCUCCGGCUCAGGGUCGGGCUCGGACUCAGGGUCCUGGUCCGGCUCAAACUCGGGCUCGAACGCGGGACCCGGCGGCGCAGGAGCAGGAUCGUACGCUGGCUCCAGCGCCGGCUCGUACGCGGGCUCGAAUGGCGGAGGCUCGGGUUCCUACGCGGGCUCCAACGCCGGCUCCUACGCUGGCUCGAACGGCGGAAGCGCGGGCUCCAACGCCGGCUCCUACGCUGGCUCUAACGGCGGAGGCUCGGGCUCGUACGCGGGCUCCGAUGCCGGCUCGUACGCGGGGUCCGGCGCUGGCCCUCACUGGGGGGGCUCUGGUGCUGGCUCAUACGCUGGCUCCGAAGCUGGCUCGUACGCUGGGUCUGGCGCUGGCUCGUACGCUGGGUCUCGAGCCGGCUCCUACGCUGGCAGUGGGCACGGCAAGUGA